UUCCCACCAUUUUUAACGUUUACUCUUUCGCUCCUCGGGAUAUACAUAUUGCGAGUUUCCGCUACACUCUGAACUCUCUACCUUUUCCCGAGGAAAGAUUGAACUGCCUUCCUCUUCCGUUUCUUUGAUGUUGAUUAGCGUUGAAAGGCUCUGCUGAUAGCAUCGAUAAACGGAAUCUGGAGGCGGAGCAGUAUAGUUUUUUUUUUUUGGUUUUCGGAGUAUUUUGAUUGUGGAUUGAGAGUGGACUGUUGAGAUUUGAGUUCUGGGGAUUGUCUGGAUUCUUUGGGGAAGAAGACAGCGAAGAGGGUUUUUGAGAGGGUUCGGGUAUAUUCUUUGCAUUUCUCUUGGUAGAGCAGUUGGGAAGGGGAAGAAAAUAAUUAAGCAAAAGUUAUGUUUUUGCUCUUCUUUAAGUUUAGGGAUUUGAGCUAGGUUUUGUCGGAACCUAGGAUAUCCAUGUACGGAAGGAAGAAGAAGACGAGGGAAGAUAGAUCUUCUGUUUUUUUAUUUGUAUAGGUCUUCAAAGUGUUUGCUUCUUUGAAGAAUCUCAGCGCCCGGUCCGGUUCGAAGGAUUUGGACUCUUCGAAAAGCUGCGGGGAGGUCGUCCCCAAAAGUGAAGCAGGAAAAGAGCAAACCUAAAGAAAGUCGGAAAUAAAAAGAUGAACGCUAGUUCUUGAGAAUGAUGGAUCCCCAAGCUUUUGUUAGGUUGUCAGUUGGGUCACUGGGAUUAAGAAUCCCAGUGGCAGCUACUUCAAAUGCUGGGCAAAGUGCCAAUUACUUAUCGUUAUCCUCUUGUCUGUGUGAGAUCCGCCUUCGAGGCUUCCCAGUUCAAACAGCAUCUGUUCCCCUUAUAUCCUCCCCUGAAGCUAGCCCAGUUCCUCACAGCAACACGACAGUCUUCUACCUUGAGAAAUCUGAUUUGAAGGCAUUGAUGGCUCAUGGAUGCUUUCAGGCUGCCCAACCAUAUCUUGAAAUUGCUGUUUACUUGGGGAGGAAGGGUUCUCAUUGUGGUGUUACAGGUAGGAAGCAGCAGAUUGGGACAUUCAGGGUGGAGGUGGGACCAGAAUGGAGCGAGGCAAAGCCAACUUUGCUUCAUAGUGGGUGGAUUAGCUUUGGGAAGAACAAGCCGGAAGGCCGCAAGCUUGUGCCGGAGCUGCAUCUGAGAGUAAAGCUAGAUCCAGACCCAAGAUACGUAUUCCAGUUUGAUGAUGAGACAUCCUUGAGUCCGCAGAUAUUUCAACUUAAAGGAAACUCGAGGCAGCCCAUUUUCAGCUGUAACUUCAGCCAAGAUAGGAGGGCAACUCAGCUUGAUUCAAUUGUCGGGACCUGGACAAAUCCAAGCCGUGUUGAACAAGGCGGAGAAAGAAGGGAAAGGAAGGGCUGGAAAGUGAUGAUUUAUGAUCUUUCUGGCUCUGCUGUGGCAGCUGCUUUCAUGUCAACCCCAUUUGUUCCCUCAACCGGCUGUGAUUGGGUCGCUCGAUCCAAUCCUGGUGCUUGGCUCAUCCUUCGACCUGACCAUUUUCAUUCAGGUGAGAGUUGGCAACCAUGGGGCCGCCUCGAGGCAUGGCGGGAAACCGGGCCUCGUGACUCGGUUUGCCUUCGCCUUCACCUCCUCCCUGAAGGCCAAGAUGCUGGUGUACUUGUGUCAGAGGUAAUGUUAAGUGCUGAAAAGGGAGGUGAAUUUUACAUAGACUUGGAUAGGAAAACACCAGUCAGUAUGCCAGCUCAAAGCCAACAUCAUCGGGCCGCCGAAGGUGACCAUGCCUCUGCUGCUACAACAGGGGUUGCUGCAGGUUCAUGUGGAUUUGUUAUGAACUGCAGAGUUCAAGGGGAGGGGAAGAGCAGCAGGCCAAUUGUGCAGCUUGCAAUGAGGCAUGUAACCUGUGUGGAAGAUGCAGCCAUCUUCAUGGCCGUCGCAGCAGCUGUAGACCUUAGCAUGGAGACCUGCAGGCCCUUCAGGAGAAAGACCCGAAAGCCAAGUUGGCACUCCAUCCUGUAAUAUACUGGGAUGCAUUCAUUAAUGAGCCUUACAAGUGAUAUUCCGUGAGUCUAAACACUUCUAUUAUCUUCAUGUUGGUUUACUGCAUACUUAUAUUAGGAAAUCCACUCUGAUAGAACAACUUCAGGAAACUUUGUUAUCUGAUUAUAGAAAUGUUACAAUUGUGCGCGAUUGAAAGUAUAAGACGACCAGUUGAACCUUUCAAGUUGUCGGAUAGGAGAUGAAAAGUCAUUGAAUGGUUCUCCCUGGAAAGUAAGCACAUGGUUUGGUUUAA